CCUUGGCUUCUUCUUGCCUGCCACUAUAAAUUGCAUUAAACUUCGUUCCAGAAAUCAUUCCCACUGAAACAAUGGGCACCAUUUCUGUCUGUGUCCUUUCGUUCUUGUUCUCUUCUUCCUUGCUUCACUCUUCACUCUCUGUUUUUUCUGCAGAGCUCCCUCGCUCCGAAAGAGAAGCACUGCAGAUCAACAGUGGCGGAAAAGGAGGGGAUGCCCUUGCUCCUUUCCCUGAUGACGACCCUCCUCGGUGCAGAUGCCCCCGUCCGCCUCCUCCGCCGCCUCCGACGCCUCCGCCGCCUCCUCCGCCUCCGCCGCCUCCGCCGCUGCCUCCCCGGCUGGAGAGCGCACGCGGUGUACUCCUGCAAUUCGCCGCCACAAUCGACGACCCCACCGGCUUUACCAAAAACUGGAAGGAAGGCGUCAGCCCUUGUGAGUACAGAGGUGUUAAAUGCGAUAACUAUUCAAAAUCAGAUGAGCUAGCCGUUUCAGGAUUAGAUUUCAACCAAGCCGGUUUAUCUGCUCGUCAAGGUUCAUUCUUAGAUCUCACUUUAAUCCUGGGAAUCCCAGAAUUAACAUUCUUCCAUGUCAACUCCAACAACUUCACAGGAUCAGUCCCCAAAGAAAUCAUUCGAUACCCAUUUUUUUUCGAGCUUGAUUUAAGCAACAACAAGCUCGAAGGUUAUUUCCCAUGGCAAGUUCUAUUUGCCCAGCAACUCAUUUUCUUAGAUCUCAGGUUCAAUAGCCUCACUGGACUGGUCCCUCCAUUUCUCUUCUUUCUGGAUCUAGACGUUAUCUUCAUCAACAACAACAACUUCUUCGGCUGCCUUCCAUGGAAUUUCGGGGCCACACCUGCGAGAUACCUCACAUUCGCCAACAACAAGUUCACUGGACCAAUCCCAAGAAGCAUAGGACUAGCUUCAAAGACCUUGACGGAAGUCCUGUUCUUGGGAAACCAGUUUUCUGGGUGCUUGCCUUUCGAAAUUGGGUUCCUGAAAAACGCAGUAGUCUUCGAUGUGAGCAACAACUUGUUGACGGGUCCCAUCCCAAAAUCUUUUGCUUGCUUAGAGAAGAUUCAGUUCUUGAAUUUAGCCAACAACAAAUUCUACGGCGGUGUUCCAGAAUCAGUGUGUGAGCUUCCUGGGAUUCGCAACGCUGGGAAUUUUUCCUUGGCGGGUAAUUACUUCACUGAAGUUGGACCAGAAUGCAAAAAGCUGAUAGAUUCGAAGGUGCUUGAUGUGAGCCAGAAUUGCAUAAAGGGGCUUCUCAAUCAGAGAUCGCCAGAAGAAUGUGAGAAGUUUUUGUCUUGGGUGAAGCCAUGUCCGAAUGCAAGGUCUCUAACCUAUGUUCCAUGUAAGAAAUACAAUUACAAGUACGUUGAAGCGGCUUCAUCGCCUCCUGCUGCUCCUGUGACCUACGAGUCUCUCAAACCAAUACGGCAUCGUUUAUUGUAAGCCAAAGCAUGCUGGGUUGCAUAUACAUGCAAUGGUGAAUUUUCUUGUAUUGUUUCUAGUCAAGAUGGGGAUUAAAGAUUAAUAAAUAAGCAGCGUUGCCGACGUUGCUUUGGAUAAUUUUAAGAGUA